AUGGCAAUCAACCCGAUCAUCCCCGGCUUCGCGCCCGACCCUUCCUGCAUCCGCGUCGGACAAAAGUACUACCUCGUCAACUCGACCUUCGCCUACUUCCCAGGACUGCCCAUCUACACCUCGACCGACCUGGUCUCCUGGAAACAUGUCGGCAACGCCAUCAAUCGACUGUCGCAGCACAUCUCGUUUUCGCGCUCGCACACGCGCGUCAAUCCGCCCGACCAAUGGGGCGAGUCCAUGACCAUGACGGGCGGCCUGUACGCACCCACCAUCCGGCACCGCGACGGCCUCUUCUACGUCGUGUGCACCAACGUCAUUCACCACCCCAGCGACGGCGGCAAGGAUGAGCGGCAGAACUUCAUUGUCACCAGCGCGGAUCCUGAGGGCGAUCAGUGGAGCGAUCCCGUCUUCUUUGACUUUGACGGCAUCGACACGUGUAUUUUCUGGGACGGCGACGAGAGGGAGGAUGCGAAGGCGUACAUUCACGGCAGUGCCGUGCCUGGGCCGAUGACCAAGAUCAAGCUGUUCGAGAUCGACUUGAAGACCGGGGCGAAACGGUCGGCGGAGAAGGUACUGUGGGAGGGGACCGGAGGCGUGUACCCGGAGGGCCCGCAUCUGUUCAAGAAAGACGGUUGGUACUGGCUGGUCAUCUCCGAGGGCGGGUGUUUCGAAGACCACAUGAUCACCGUGGCGCGAAGCCGGGAUCUGUGGGGUCCCUAUGGUGCGUAUGAGAGGAAUCCGAUCCUGACGGCCGGGGCCACGGACGAGUACAUAAGGAACAUUGGGCACAGUGAUCUGUUCCAGGAUACGGAGGGGAAGUGGUGGGCUGUCGCGCUGGGUAUCCGGAGGGAUCCAAAGGGCAGGUAUCUGAUGGGCAGGGAGACGUUCUUGACGCCGGCGGAGUGGCCUGAGGGCCAGUGGCCAAGCAUCAGUCAGAUCAAAAUGGACCUUGAAUCGAAUGGCAGCCACACCCUCCCGGGUGCUAUGCCUUCCCUCACCGCAGCACCAGGCGUUGACCUCCUCUACCUCCGGGACCCCGACCUGUCGAAACACCGCAUCUCCCACGACGGCAGGCUCAUCACUCUAUCAGCAGGAAGGUCCGACAUUACCCAGGGUGGACCGGAAGACAAAGUCACAUUCGUUGCAAAGCGGAUGCGUGCGCUCGAAGGCCACUCGCAGGUGACGCUCAAGACCCACCUAGAAUCUGACGCGGCGGUCUCUCUGAAAGCGGGUCUGACGCUAUACAAAGAUGAGUGCCGCUUUGCGCGCAUCCACUAUGAUUUCGGCACCGCUGAAAUUGUGUUCGAGGUUAUCAACCAGGCGAGAUCGAUCUCGCGCACGCAGAGGACGAGCGUGCCAGAAACACUACGGGGACAGCAGAUUGGCUUUCGCAUGGACUCCACCGAGUCAGAAGUGCGAUUCUCGUAUGUACUGGGCACGGCAGAGGGAUCGCAGUGGUCACAGGCUGGGCGCUUGGACACGUUGGAUUUGACGGGCUUGGAUUUCACGGGGCCGGUGGUCGGUGUAUAUGCGGUUGGGGAGACGGACGCUGAAGCGGUCUUUAAGAACUUUGAGGUCCAGUAA